UGAGCACUGUGAGCGUCCUGUCGUAGAUGUGCUUCCUCUUUCAGUACCACCUAGAACCCCAGGUAGCUACAUUUAAGUAACUGGCUGAGAAAACAUUACAGUUACACUAUGAGUAGUCAAAAAUACCCCAAGUCAUCUAUUGAAGACGACUUUAGUUAUGGCACAAAUGUUGCUACAGCCAGUGUCCAGAUACGUAUGGAUUUCCUAAGGAAGGUGUACACCCUUCUGAGCUUGCAGAUAAGUUUGACCACAGCCACCUCUGCCAUCUUCAUGUUCUCUCAUACCAUCAAGGAGUUUGUCCUCUCCAGCCCUGCUGUGGUUUUGAUUUCGGCUCUGGGUUCUCUGGUUCUUCUUCUGGCCCUGGCCAUGUACAGACACCAACAUCCAGUCAACCUCUACCUGCUGCUUGUAUUUACUGUGCUGGAAGCAGUUUCUGUGGCUACAGCUUUGACCUUCUAUGAAUACUCUACUGUAUUACAAGCCUUAUUCUUGACUUGUGCUGUGUUUGCUGGACUGACUGCCUACACCUUCCAAUCCAAGAAAGACUUCAGCAAAAUGGGUGCAGGACUGUUUGCGUGCCUGUGGAUCCUCAUCACUGCAAGCUUCAUGAGGUUCUUCUUCAACCGUGACAGCAUAGAGCUGCUCAUGGCUGGAGCCGGAGCUCUGGUCUUCUGUGGUUUCAUCAUCUAUGAUACCAAUCUGCUGAUGAAGCAGCUCUCCCAUGAGGAGCAUAUCCUGGCCUCCAUUAACCUAUACCUGGACACUGUCAACCUCUUCCUGCACAUCCUGCGUCUCCUUGGCUCGAUGAAAAAGCACUGAAAGUUUCUGCACCACUUGAAAUUGCUCCCUUCAGCUGUUACAGAUUGUGGUCCUAACAGCCUCACUGUAAACCCACAGAUAUGAUGUGAUUAUCCUGUGUUCAUGUGAGUAAGUCCACAGAUACAACUGCUGUGAUUACCCUGUGUUCAUGUGAGUGCUGUUGUCCUGAAGUUCACCAAAAAUUAUAUUUUGGAGCAGAAUCUUUAUAAACG